CUGCUGGUGGACAAAAUCAGACAAAAUUACAAAUGGCUGAUUUGAGUUUGCUGUUUGGUCGCAUUUAUUGAUGGCGUUGAUUGUUCCAUUGUUCUGUAAUUACUUUAAAAUAUAAUAUUUAUCUUUUAAACUAGUGGUUUUCGUCCUAAAUAAAUCUCUGAGGUCUCAUAAGGAUUUUCUAUUGUGCAGAAUAGUUUCUACAGGCCAUUACAAUGUCUUGGAGAGGAAGGGAAGAACGUACAUCCCGCUGGGGUGAAAAUCGAGCCCGUUCGCCCGUGUGGGAGGCACGUCGCAGUGCCAGUGCCGAACGGAGUAGGCAACCAUCGCCGCGCGAUCGCAGGGAUCGUGACCGUCGCGAACGUCACGACCGAUACGAUCGUGAUAGGGAGCGUCGUGAUCGCGAGAGAGACCGUGAUCGCGAUGUGGAUCGACAUGCGCGUCGCGAGCGGUACGACAAGCCUCGCGAGCGGGACCGCGACAGGCGACGGUCGCCGCGUCGUGAUGACCAAGAUGUUCCUGCGCCGCCAUCUCCACCUCACAUAAGUGGAGACUUGGAUAAGAACUACGAUUCCCAGUCCAGCAGUCGCUCUAACAGCCGCGAACGACAACACAGUACCGUAGAUAGUUUUGACAGUAAAUAUGAAAGGGAGAAGCAUGAUGACGGACAAGCGGUAAAUGCAUCUCCUGGAGAUUGGUUCUGUAAGUGUGGAUCUUAUAACUUUAAGAGGAGGCAAAUUUGCUACAGACGGAACUGUCAGGGUAAAAGAAUUGAGGGGGUAGUUUACGGGGGUGAUUCAGAGAGAGGCAGUUCUGAUUCCAACUCUGGUAUAACAAAGAGGCUUUUGUUUAGGAGGCUUGAUGCACUUACAACUGAAGAGAAAAUCUUAGAAGAAGUUAAAGAAAGAUGUUCCAAAGCAGUUUUGGACUCUAUUGCUGGUAUAACUAUAGGACGAGAGACCUGGACGGGUGCCUCAAAAUGUCUGGCGUACAUAAACUUCAAUUCUAUUGCUGAUUCAACAGCUGCACAUUCCGAGUUGGUGUCCUUAGAUCCACCUUUAAAAAUUGAUGGAAGAGAAGUUCUUAUUACUUUUUAUAAUGAGCCACAGAAAGUACAGAAGCCUGUUAAUACAAAUUCGUCAGACUAUUCUUCAUAUUAUGCCCAAAUGGCUAACUAUGGAUCUUCUCAAGCAUUGUCAGAGGCUGAUAGAGUAAAUGCAGCAGCCGCAGUUGCCCAGUCUGCUAUAUCUGCUGCCCAAGCACGCAACAUGACGUCUUGGACACCAGUCUCAGUCCCAGCAUUUGUUCCCUCUUCAUCAGCACAGGUUCCUUCAGUUGCUAACAUGCCCACAGGUGAUGGGAAAACAGUAUACACUGCACCAGAUGUAAGAACGUUUAUGUAUGAUGAAACAUCAGGUUACUAUUAUGAUCCAGCAACAGGGCUAUAUUAUGAUGGCACCACACAAUAUUUUUUCAACAAUCAUAUCAAUCAAUACAUGUACUGGGAUGCUAAUAGUUCUACAUACAUUGCUGCAUCACAAACUCAAACAAAUUCAGAUCAGCCUAAGCUGCAAAAUCCUCCCCAGCCGAGUGCAGAUAAUACAAUAACUAAAGAGCCAGAAGAAAAGAAAAAGAAAGAUAAAGAUGACAAAGUGAAAGUUGCCAAAAAAAUAGCUAAAGAUAUGGAAAGAUGGGCUCGUACUUUGAAUCAAAAGAAAGAAAAUGCUAAAAGUAAUAUAGUGAUGGAACAACCUACCGACACUGGACCUAGCAAAGGAUCUGCAGAUAUUGGUUUCUCAGUGCUGGGUGCCGGGCCUUCAUUAACUAUGAUCAGGGAACUUUCACCUCCACCAGUAUCGACUGAUGAAUUCCUCAUUAAAAAGACUGAAACAGGUGUGUUUGAUAGUGAUGAGGGCAUUAUAGAUUGGUCUAAACUUGCUUGUCUAAUUUGUAAGCGUAAAUUCCCUUCAAUUGAAGUGUUAUCUAAGCACAAAACACUGUCAGAUUUGCACAAACAAAAUCUAGCUGAAUACAGGAAAAAGAAUGAAUUGUUACCACCAACUAAUGGAUAUAGAGAUAGGGCGGCUGAGAGACGUAUGAAGUUUGGUGAGGAUGAGCCUCCACCGAUUAGGAAGCGCUAUGAACCACCGGAGGUGCAUGCACCGAUUGUUUCAGCUCCUCCCCCAUCAGUAGUAGAUACAAUUGGUGGGAAAAUGUUACAAAAAAUGGGUUGGUCAGAAGGAAGAGGGUUAGGGAAAGAAGAGCAAGGCAGAAUAGCUCCUAUAGAAGCUGAACAGCGACCUAGUUUGGCUGGACUGGGACAAAAAAGGGGCAUAUACACACCUACACCGGGGCUAACCUACCGAGAUACAGUGAAAAAGCUAAUGAUUGCAAGAUAUAAAGAGGUGGUUGGACAAGAAGAUUGAAAUUAUUAAGAGGUGGGUACUGUUUUGUCUUUAUUUGGCUAAUUCUUGUUUGUUUCAGGUUUCAAUGGCUCUAGCUAGGUCAGUAUGACAAACAUGUAGAAUCAAGUCAAACUUCAAAUUUUCAGAAUCUGAUCUAUCUUGUUUUUUUAUCUAAUUUUAUUUUGAUUUUAUGUGGCAAUUUUUAUUUACUUCUAAAGUAUACAUGUAUUUAGACAUCUAUUUAGAUUUUAGACCUUGAUGUUGCCAACCAAAUCUUAACGAAUUUGUUAUUUAUUUUCUUAAAUCAAAAAAUAUACAGGUACAAGGCGAUGCGACUGUUCUAAACCCAUUUAGGAAUGUUUUAUAUUAAAAAAAAAACUUGGAAAACUUGUAAUUAUUUUGUUUCUUAAAUAAUUAAUUCCAACUGCAAAUGUAAGUUUGCAGUUAAAUGCGAUAUAAAUUAACGAUUUUUUUAAUUUUUUCCUUCACUUGUGGAGUGAGCUAGCUCCUUGCCAGAUUUCAUGAUUCUAGGUCAACGGGAAAUACCUAGCAUAAAUAAAAAUAUAAAUUAAAUACAUGUGGCAUAAAUGGCUGUAUUUUUUUUUGCUUUGACUUGGAGCUCUUUUACAGCUCUAAGGGACUGUAGACCUAAAUAUUCAAUUUUAAUUUCAACUUGAUAUCUACCUCCAAGCGUUCCUGAAAAAAAAAAGGAAAAAAGAAAAAUAUUGACAGACAGACGGACAAUGAUGUGUUUAUACAAGGGUUCCUUUUUCCUUUUGAGGUAUGCAACCCUAAAAAUACAAAAUGUUAAAAAUUGAAGAAAAUUCAACUCAUUUUUUCGGCGAAGAGCAGAAAAUCAUGUAUUUUACGAGAUGUGUCAGAUGUCCUAGAUGUGGCCUUACGGGUGAAAUGGUUCGAUUGGGCAUUUUGAAGUUUGUCAACAUUAUCUAAUAGUUUGAUUCUGUGUCACUAUGCUAGAUUUGGCGCCGCAAAGCAACACAGGGCCUGCGCUAAGAUGUGCCUGGUUUUGCAUUUGGUAAGUUUUAUUUAGUUAUAUAUAUUUUACAUUCAUGUUAAUAAAUCCUUUCCUACAGGUUACUCAGGUAAAUAUAAAUAGCUACUUAUGACAAAUAAACAUAAUGGGUACUCAAAUGCGCGCUGAAUUGAGAUCCUACUCCUUUUUUGAAGUCGAUAAAGAAGAAUCUAAUCAAGAAGCAGAAGAUAAUUGGACUGAAGAGAUAUAAUUUUCUUAGCUUUCUUUCAUACGUUUUUACGGAAAUACCAUUUUUUCUGAUAUGCAUCUAAUUAUUUUUAAAUAUUCUUUAGCUAAAUUAUAGUUAAAUUGGUAACCCCAUUUUUAAAUAAUUUUGCUAUCAAUCUAUACAGCUAUAUUAUUUUUAACAAUUAUUUCUUGGCUUUAUAGAUUGGGUACUAUUUACUAAGCUAGGAUAUAUUACAUAUACCUCACAUACACAACAUAAUAUUCUGAAUGUUCAGUGAAUAUGUGUAUUAUAAUAAACUGAACCUAAAAUUCUAUAGAUUAACAAGUAAUAUUGAACAUUUACUCACAUGAUAGCUAAAUAAAUGUCUUGUUAAAUAAAAUAUUCUACAAAUGGAUUAGAGAUGUAUUCACCGUACUAAAGUUCUUGUUUUCCAUGGCAGAAUAUUUUAUUUGAAUUUAAUAGACCAAUCUGAUUUUUUUAAUGAAAUAAUCAUACAUAUAUUUAUGGUAUAAUAUUUCUGGCUUGGAUCAAUUUUAGUUUGAAUCAAAAAAUUGAGUCCUAGGGUAGACAGGUACUCGCUACCACUUCUGCGUAUUGAUUUUUUGAACUCAAAUUUAGCCCAUUCAGCACUGGAGCGUACUACAUAAUAAGGACAUUUAGAGACUGAAAACAAAGAACUGUGAUAGCUGUGAUAUUCUGUGAAAUUGUGAAGAAACGGUGAAUGUGAACGUUUGAGUCAUACUGCAUUACUGAUGUUUGUGACCGUUUAUAUUACAGAACCCGUCGGCUGCGAGACUCCGUGCCAAAACAGAGUUAAAAUAUAUCUCUAAGAUUAUUUUUUUACAUAUUGUACAUAUUAUAUCAGUUUAAUAUUCUAGAAAUUACAAUUUAUGUUACAUAGGUAUAUUUAGUAUAUUUUUUGUACAUAUUAUAAUUAUGAAAUGAGACGCAAAUGUAGAAAGAUUAAUAAUAAUAAUUAAUGUUAUUAUAACGGAAUAGGUGUGUUAUAUUGUUAAAUAAUUAUUAGAUUAGUAAUUAUGUAAUCGUUUUUCUAUAUAUUAUUUAUUUUUACUGUACUUAUUUUUACUGUAUUUACUCUGUAUGUAAGUACUUAGAUUAAAAAAGGCGAACAAAUCAAAAAGAGCUUAAUUAGAUUUUCUUAAUAAUGCAACGAAAAUAAUUUCGUCAAUUAGGUACAUAAUAUAAAAUACUCUGUAAUAAAUAGGUAGGGUAAGAUAUAAAAAAGUCUACCUUAGUAUAAUUAUUUAAAUUGAUAAUAAUUAUUAUAUAAUUUCCCAUACCAAAUAGGUAAAGGUAGAGACAAUGAAGUUUAAAUUAAUAAAUAGUUAUAUAUCUAUUAAGUUUUUAAUAAUAUUUUGCAUUUUAAAAUAGUCAAACUAGGUAUCUACCUAUUUAGAAAAUAAAUAUGAAAACUGUUUAAAUUGUUAAUAAUUAUAGUAUGCGACAUGUCGAGAUGGCAAUUGGGGGGGGGAGGGGGGGGGGGGGUCCGCACAACCCCCACGCUAAUCCCCCGAUACCCCCGUACCCCGAUUGCCAUCUCGACCAUACUAUAACUAGGUACCUACCUAGAUGAGGCUAGCGACUUGGUCCGCGUGGAUUUAGUCUUAUGAUUUUUCGAAAUAUAAAAAAAAGUAUGGCCGUGAAAAUGUAACAGAUAAACAGACAGACACACUUUCGCAUAAUAUUAGUUGUUUCAAUAAAAUGUUUUUGAGUAGGUAGGUACGUACAUCUUUUUUAUUACAUAUUGUAUUGUAGGUUUACAGCUCGUUCACACAGGCUGCGUAAGCGUUUUGUAAGCGUAGACGUAGCGCGUACCAUUGCGUUGUAAUGUAUGGAACUGUAUGAAAUAUGGCACUUGCGCACCGCUUGCGUAACCCGGUGUGUUAGGGGUUUACGCGUGUCACUACGCACGUGUCACUUGUACGUGCUUGGUGUGAAUCGGCCUUAUAUAUCAAAGCUCUAUAAAGAUAAUGCUAAGAAAUUCAGAAUUUAGAUUUAGGUAUGGAUUAAAAAUUUAAAACUGGAUAAGUAAAAUAAGUACCUAUAGGUAAGUAAAGUACUACCUAAGUCUCGAUUAUUAUCAUAAAAAAUUACCCAUUACAAUAAGUUAUUUAUGUAAGCGUCUUUUUUAUGAUUUCUUCCAAAUAAAACUGUAAAUUGCU